AUGGCCACGGCUGAAGCUUCUUCAACCAGUACUGGUAAAGGUUUUUUUGACAGUUUAUUGUCUUUAGAUGAUCUAACCAGCCCUUCCAGUCCAACCAGUUUAACACUUGGACAAUUAGGAAAUAUUGCUAAUGCUGAAUCAGUCAAGUCCAUUUUUUCAAUUAAUUAUGAUCAACUUGAUAAACUUACUUAUUCACUUGAGCCCAAAUUUUCGUUUAAUUUUGAGUUUAACGUUCCUCUUUCAUCUUUCUUUGACAAAUCUAAUGUUUUUGCUACAAUCUUGGUUCCUGUCACCAUAACAAUAAAAGAAGUUGAGGAUGAUACGCAAUCUAAUCAAUCUGAGCUUCUAAAUCUGAUUAAAUCAAAAUUCAAGCCUCAAAUUGUUUCCAAAGAAGAUGGAUUAACUUCAAAAGUACCAUAUUUUGCUUAUCCAGCUUAUUUACCAGUUUAUUACGAUGAUCCCGUCUACGAAGAUACAGUUUACCAAGAGUCAGCCGAAUUGACCAACAAUACAAUUGAUCGAUCUGGUUACAACUAUAAACAACUGAAGUUUCCAUUUCAACGGACUAAGCGCAGUAAUAAAUGGAGAACUGAAUUGAAUCAAAUGGUGUUGCAUCUGCUUAAAAACUCUUGGUUAGAGGAAAAAGAUUGCCUUGCUAAAUUGAUCUGUCAAAUCUCUCGAAGUCAAAUGAUUGAAAAUGAUCUGAUCAAGUCUAUCAUUACAAAUUUAACAAGGCUACAUCAGUUGCAGGAUGGUAACAAAUUGUUAAUCGGACCCUAUCAUGAAGCCCUACAGUUUGGCCAAAUUUCAGGAAAAUGUGAAGAAAAAUAUUCCAAUUGCCGCUAAUCAUUUAUUCAACUGGUUUACAAACUAUGUUUCUUAUCAAAUACGAGUCAAAUUGUCUCUAUUAAUUCACAGAAGUUAAAGGGAAGAAGGAAAUAUUAAUAAAAAUCGUAAU